AUGAGAAUCAAGAAGAAGAAUGUCAGCGGUAACGCGAGGAAUUUUAUUACACGUUCCCAAGCGGUGCGGAAGCUGCAAGUUUCCCUCGCAGACUUCAGAAGACUAUGUAUCUUCAAGGGAAUAUAUCCCAGGGAGCCUCGGAACAAGAAGAAGGCCAACAAGGGCUCCACUGCCCCUACGACCUUUUACUACUUCAAGGACAUCCAGUAUCUGAUGCACGAGCCAGUUUUGGAGCGCUUCAGAGAGCACAAGACCUUUUCCAAGAAACUGACAAAGGCUUUAGGAAGAGGUGAGGUUUCGUCCGCUAAGAAGCUGGAAGAAAAAAGCCCGAGCUACAAGCUGGAUCACAUCAUCAAGGAGCGUUACCCCAGUUUCGCGGAUGCCCUCAGAGACAUCGACGAUGCUCUGAACAUGCUUUUCUUGUUUGCCAACCUUCCAGCAUCGGACCAAGUAUCAGCGCGGGUCACUAAGGAUGCGCAGGUCAUUUGCAACCAGUGGCUGGCCUACGUUGCUCGUGAGAGAGCAGUGCGCAAAGUCUUUGUUUCCAUCAAGGGUGUGUACUACCAGGCCUCUGUCAAAGGAGAAGACAUCAGAUGGUUGGUGCCUUAUAAGUUCCCCGAGAACAUCCCUAGCGAUGUUGAUUUCAGGAUCAUGCUAACUUUCUUGGAAUUCUACUCCACUUUGAUGCACUUUGUGCUAUACAAGCUGUACACGGACUCCGGUUUGGUUUACCCACCCAAAUUGGAUGCUGCGAAAGACAAAAUCAUCGGUGGCCUGAGUGCCUACAUACUAGAGAGUAACGCUGAAGACUCAUCAUUGACUGCACCUCAGCUGGCCGACUCGAACUCGGACGCAAAGGCCCUGGACGCGAAAACGCUUUCAUCUGCGAUAAAAGCGGACGCCAGUGAGAAGGCAGCAGACGAUGCCGAGGACGCGGGCGGCGAAGAUGCUGAAGACGAACUAGGUGAGGGCGAAUUGGAUACUUUCGAAGACAAGAACAAAAAUCAAGGUGAUCUUUUGAUACAACCAAGCAAGUACGACUCACCUACCGCGACGCUCUUCUCGGACUUUGUAUUUUACAUCUCCAGAGAGGUUCCAGUCGACAUUUUGGAGUUCCUGGUUUUGGCUUGCGGCGGCUCUGUGAUAUGUGAGGCCGCGCUAGAUCAGCUUGAAUCCAAGAAAGACAUCGACUUGGGAAAAGUCACUCAUCAGAUUGUUGACAGGCCUGUCUUGAAAAACAAGGUUGGUGGCAGAACUUACAUUCAACCCCAGUGGGUGUUCGAUUGCAUCAAUAAGGGCGAGCUUGUGCCUGCGAAUCUCUACCUGCCCGGCGAGACGUUGCCACCUCACCUUUCCCCAUGGGGCGAUGCAGCUGGUUACGACCCUACCGCGGAACCAGCCGAAGACGAGUCUGGCGAUGAAUCUGAGGACGUUAGCGACCAGGAGGCGGGUGCUGAAAGUGACGACGCCGAGGCUUCCGCUGAAGCUGCUGCCGAGGAUGCCGCUGAGGAAGAGAGCGACGAAGACCUCGAAGCGCAGAAAGAGUUGGAGCUAGAAGCAAAGGGUAUUCCUUACUCUGACGCCAAGGACAAGAAGGAGGUGAAGAAGAAGUCAAAGAAGCCUGAAAAGCGUAAGGCUACCGAGGAGGAUGAAGAAAAAGACCUGAAGACCAUCAUGAUGAGCAACAAGCAGCGCAAGCUGUACAAGAAGAUGAAGUACUCGAACGAAAAGAAGGACGACAGAGUCGAGAAGCUGAAACAGAAGAAGAAGGCCAUCGCGAAAGCAAAGUCUAAGCUGGAAAAGACCAACUAG